GUGUUUUAGUGUAUGCGGAAGUAGAAUGCCCGAAGAUGCACACGCAAUUUAACGAAAGCCAGACGGGACUACCGAUAAGUUGAAAGUUGACGAUCGAGCGGGAGGGGCGUUCUGGUCGCCCUUUCCAGCUGACGACUGGGACACGCUCCAUGCUCACUUCAGGAGAGUCUCCGUCCUUCCACUUUUAAUGGUGCUCUCGGAACACUCGUCCUGUCUGUUGUCACCGUUCCACGUUUUUAAUCCCAGACUGGCUCAUGGCAGGGAUGGAAUGUCGCGUUUUGUCCAUUCAGAGUCACGUUGUCCGAGGAUAUGUUGGAAAUAAAUCGGCAACAUUCCCACUACAGGUUCUGGGCUUUGAAGUGGAUUCCAUCAACUCCGUGCAGUUCUCCAAUCACACAGGCUACGCCCACUGGAAGGGUCAAGUAUUGAAAGCCGACGAGCUCAACGUGCUAUAUGAGGGCAUCAAGCUCAACAAGGUGAACCACUAUGACUACAUCCUCACUGGGUACAGCAGGGACACGUCCUUCCUCAUGACCGUGGUCGACAUCAUUCAAGAGUUGAAGGCGGCCAAUCCCAGUUUGGUAUAUGUUUGUGACCCUGUGAUGGGAGACCACGGUGCUAUGUAUGUCCCAGAAGAACUUCUGCCAGUCUACCGGGACAAAGUAGUACCUUUGGCCGACAUCCUUACCCCCAACCAGUUUGAAGCAGAAUUAUUAACCGGGAGAAAAAUCGUCACAACAGACGAUGCUCUUGAGGCAAUGAAGCAGCUGCACAAAAUGGGUCCAAAAACAGUCGUACUCACAAGUACCGACUUGCCUUCGAGUCAAGGAGACCAGUACCUGGUGGCCCUCGGGAGCCAAAAAACAGUAAAACCAGAUGGGACAAUGAGCAUUGUGAAGAUCCGCAUGGACAUUCCCAAGAUGGAUGCCGUGUUCGUGGGGACGGGGGACCUGUUUGCCGCCUUGUUGCUUGCCUGGACUCACCAUCACCCCAAAGACCUGAAGGCCGCCUGUGAAAAGACCGUUUCGGUCAUGCACCACGUCAUUAAGCGGACCAUUACUUAUGCUAACGAAAAAGCCGGGCCGGGGAAAAGGCCCAGCCCCGCACAGCUGGAGAUGAGAAUGGUUCAGAGCAAAAGCGACAUCGAGAAUCCUGACAUCGUUGUGGAAGCUAAAAUCUUACAAAAGUCUUAGAAAUGAGAAUGAAUCCCUGAAGAUGUUCAACUUGGUACGGUCCUUCCUCACAAUCCGUGGGGGACGCCGGAAUCACUGCCAUCGAUUCUCUACUAUGGCUUUUGUAAAUACAACCUUCCUUUGCGUAAUUUUAAAGAUUAGCAAUAGAUCUUAUUUUUUAGAGACACUUUACCUGACCACUAAAUGUACUAUAUAGGUCCUUUUAGAAACAACACAGCGAGCAAACACACUCGUGAACAGUUGCAUGCUUGUCCAUGCCUCUGUAGUUAGUACUAAACUCAUCACAAAAGGUGCGUUGUUCGCUCUGCAUUAAAACUUCAAAACUUGACAAAAUUAUGAAGAAGUGGGCGUUAUAACUGUAAAACUGUAACCCUUCUUGCUGGGUCAUGUAGUAACGUAAUGUCUUUGGGAGUCACUUGUGAUUAUAACAAAUAUAAAUUAUGAAGGUGUACAAUGUGGUUAGAGUAAAAAUGUGAAUGAUGGCGGCUCACGCGUUAAGUUUUGAAGCAUAAAGUGUUCAAACCUGCUGGUCCAUAUACCUUUAUGGGUGCAUUUUAUUUCCAAUUGUUUUGUUUUAGGAUUAUAGCCUCCGCCGGUGUGUAAAACUCCCGUCGCUCUUAUAAUCCAGCCUUUUCAUUUUUGGGACGCUGUCUCAAAGUGGUACACGUGUAACGCCUUAGAUACGUAUUCUAAAGCUGAUUUCAGUAUAGUUUUCUGUUUAAAAAAAAAAUUUACAUAUAAUAUUCCAUGGUGAAAAAGUAAAAACAGUAUCACACAUUUGUGUACAUUUAUGCAGAAAAUAAUGUAAACAUGGCAUGGUGGUGCAGCUGCUAAAGCGUUGGCCUCACAGUUCUGAGGUCCCGGGUUCAUGUGUGGAGUUUACACAUUCUCCCGUGCCUGCGUGAGUUUUCUCCGGACACUCCGGUUUCCACCCACAUCCCAAAAACAUGCAACCUUAAUUGGACACUCUAAAUUGCCCGUAGGUGUGAUUGUGAGUGCGACUGUCUCUAUGUGCCCUGUGAUUGGCUGGCAACCAGUUCAAGGUGUACCCCGCCUCCUGCUCGUUGACAGCUGGGAUAGGCUCCAGCACUCCCGUGACCCUCGUGAGGAUAAGCGGCUAAGAAAAUGGAUGGACGGUACAACAGUCAUACUUAAGAUUCACAUGUCCCUGAUUUCUACUGGUCAUCCUUGAGAUGGUUCUACAACUGCCAAGAUAAUAAAGGAGUCAGCCUGUGAAUGUCCUUGAGUGACCCGGCCAGGGCCCAGACUUAAAUCCAAUCGAACAUCUCUUGAAUGAUUGGAAAAAUGACCGUCCACCGAAACUUCACAUACUACCUGAAUUACCUCGGGUGUAUCUGCACAAUAGAAUGGAAGAAAAUGCCCCAAAACGGGUUUGCCAAGAAGGCACAAAGCUGCCUCAACAAAAUAUGAAGCAAAGGGUGUGAACACUUAUUCAACUGCCAGGAAAGAUUUUACUUUGUCAUCAUGGGAUAUGUCAAAUCAGCUUUAGAAUUAGUUUGUAACAGAAAAAUGUGGGAAAUACUUUGUAGUGGAACUGUAUUUCAAUCCUGUUUUAAAGCAUCUUUAAUGGAAGUACUUGCACAAAUAAUCUUUAAUACAGAGUAUUUCUUGUACAGAUGAUCGCCAUUUUGCUUAUUGUCAUAUCUCCAUACCACUCUGUAGCCUUUAAACAUUUAAAAAACUAAACAGCUUGGGAAUGUUUUUUUUUUUUUUGGGGGGGGGGGGGGCAACUCCACACAAAUAAUGUUUUUUUAGGCCAAAACAUUGUGCUGCUGCUCUCACAUGGAGCAAAUGAAAAGACAAACGUAAUAAAAACAAUGUAAUCUAAUAAUAUUUCUCAUGCGUGAAAUAUUUCUUUUUAGA